CCCGUGGCGGCGCCCGCGCGCGACAGCCCUGCGCGGCAGCGCGCUCGGCACGUUCUCCACCACCGCCGCCGCCUCCACCACCGCCUUGGUCGGCGCGUUAGGGGGUUGUACAUCGCGCGGGCAUCGAAACGCGUCGAAACGCGAGGCGGCCGGAUCGGACCGACUCGCGAAUCGAUCGGCGCCCCGUCUCUCGCGCGCGUCGUCGUCCUCUCUCUCUGGCGGCGCGGGUUAUAGCGGCGUGCCCGCGCGCGACGAGGAAGCGUGCAAGCGCGUCGUCUCUCGCACGCGCGACCCAGCGCAGCACGCGUCACCGCGGAGGAGUCGUGGCUUGGCCGUUUUUCGGGAGCGAAAGGAGGCUGUCGUUCGCGACGCACCGGCUGAAGCCGCCGCGCCUCGCGCCGAAGGCGAGAAAUUUCGUGGGAAAUUCAGCCGGUGUCGUCGACCCGCCGCCACCGACGCCGCCGACGCCGCCGCCGGUUCGCGAUCGAGAUUUUCCCGCGGCGAGUGUGUGCGCGAUCUCCACGGGAAGAGCGUGAGAAGCGACAACGGGGAUGUUCGGGCCUUUGCUAGCCGGCUGGUAAAACGAGACUCGCCCGAGGUGAUUGCGCGUGUGAUCGGCACCUCCGUGGACUGAUUUCAAAGGCUUUCCCGAAGGGAGGAAUCGCGAGCGAUCCACUGUGCGCGACUGCUGCGGAAAAAAAUCGCCCGGCUGUCAAUUACGCGGCCGUUGAGAGGCGAAGCGAAAAGAACUGGAAAGAGCUGAAUCAAAUUGAUCCCAAAUUACCCUUUGCAUCUUUGAGAGAGGGGGAGAGAGAGAGACAGGCUCGGCGAGAACGAUCUUGCAUGACGGCCGUGUACGACCACCCGUAACUACUGCGGUGAAAAUUUUGGCGCUGUCAAGAAGUAGAACGAUUCACGUCGAUGAAAAACGGAACGCCGCUGUCGGAAAAUAGAGUCGAUUAAUUCGAGAGGGAAUUUCACCGAGCCCGUCGGGAGGGGUGGAGAGUGUUUCGUCGGCUCGCCGAGUAUUCUGCCGUUUUUUACAUGUGCGUUUUAUAUCGUCGCUCUUUUUACGGCGCGACAGCGCCUUAUAUACACCUUCUAUUUUCGACGGUCUUUUCUUGGCGGAGAGAAGGGAGAUCCGCGGCAUAACACGAGGGGGAUGAUCGAUCACGGCGGAAAUUGAGGAGCAGCGGAAUAACAACGCAGCGUAUCGUGUCCGAGUGCACGCCUCGUGCAGCGGGGGUCGACCACCGAUCUGUCAUCGCCAUUGUCGAAUCGCCUAACGGCCGCGAGAGCCCUAGAGCCUCCCCGAGGGGAGGCGCAGCCCCCGGAAGGACGAUAAUCCCCGCGGAGAAAGGCGGUGCUCCGUUCAGGACGCGUUGCGCCAUUUCAGGUGCGAGGCCCCCGAGCCUUCCGCUCGAGUGCUCGAGCGUGCCUCGGGACGUGCCUCGGGACGAGCCCCGGCUCCCUCGCUCUUACUCUCUCGCGCGCGCGCGAAUCACGCGGCGAAAGAAACCGUUCGGCGGACAUCAAAAGACCCGGUGAUUAAUGAACGCGGGUAAUUAAGAAACAUUAAGGCGGGCUGCCGAGGAGGACUCCUCGAAGAGAGAUCCUCGUACUAUUCGGAGAGCGUGUCUGUCGUCCUCUUCCCUCCCCCGCUGCACCCGCCACCUCGAGAGGAUCCUCGCCGGAGGACAUCGCCGCGGUGUCGACGGUGGGAGGAGGCCGUCUACCUUGGAGGUAAGGGAGAGCGAGAGCGAGAGGGAGGGAGACAGAGGGGAGAGGAGAGAGAGAGAGAGAAAGGAAGAGGAGAGGGGUGGGAGGCCUUUAGGGGUGGAAAAUCGUUGGAGAAUACCGUCGCGGUGAAAUCACUCCUCUCGAACGCUCGCGAGACGAUCAGACCGCGAAGCAUCCCCCGCCGGGCCCCGUCCUGCUCCCUUGCCUGCCUUUCGCCCCCUUCGCCCUCUCGCCGCCGGGGUGCGAGUGGAGGAAGUGGCUGUCUGAUCUCGGACGGAAUGACAAUAAGACUCCCCUUUGAUUAAUCGACGGAACAGAGGGACGGAGACGGGGGGGAGAUACGCGGGAGAAAGAGGGAAUUUGUCCUCUCCCGAGACGGCGGAUUGUUUUGCAAGUGCUAAGAAGUUCCGGCUGUUAAUAGAACUGACUAAAUAUAACUUGAACCGAGUAACUCAGACGUGAAUUUACCGACCCGAGCCGGGACGAUUCUUCGAGUAGCGCCCCGCGCGCCGAGGCGCCCGCGCGUCUCUUCGCUCAAGCCGGCGAGAAUUGUUAAAACGAGUUAACAAACGUCUGUCGCGACAACAAGAAGGCAUCCCCGGCGUCCCGGGACCUGUGGAUCGUGUCCGGGGCCGAUUUCAACGUGCGACGAGAUACGUGUCCAAGUGUAGCGAGAGUGCGUCGAUUAAUCAAGUGAUUAACGAUUGUCCGUCGACUCGGGGGAACAAAGUUGCCCCGACUAAUCCUUUCGUUCGCGCCCGGCGAGGAACUUGCCAGACGUGGGGUAAGCGCGAGGGGCGAGGUGCGCGACAAUAACGCGAAUGAAUUCGGGAGGAGACGGGAUAAGUAGAGUGGAUCGAAAUUAGAAUCGUGUGCAGCCAGUGGAAGAGGGUCGGCGCUUGAUCAGGCGGACCGGCCCAGCUACCCGUGGUAGCUCGGGCUGCACUACCGAGGAGAACUCAUUUGCUUAAAGAGAUCUCCCGCGGCCUCCGCCUCUGUGUAAAAGUGUGCGUUAAACCGAGUCGACGGAGCCCGCCGCGAGGCGACGAUAACACGCGCGCGACGCACCGGCGAAAAUAAUUUGUAACGAUCGAUCAUAAAGCGACGAGGGAUAUCGACGGGAUUCCGAUCCCGGCCGGAUGUUUUCAAAUGUCCAUCUUUAUUUGAGCCGGCGACAGGCGUCAAUUUGAACGGUGAGUAAUCUGGACCUCCAUGCAUCUUCCUGGACGAGUGACGAAUGCCGGGACGUAAUCGACAACGAUAAGCGGACGUUAACAAAUCGCAGCGAGGACAACGGGAGAAUUUGCGUGAUUCGUAGAAGGACGGUACAAGCGAGGAGAGCUGCGUGACGAAAUCGCGUUACCGUCGAGAAUCUAUUGUUUGAGAGGAGUUUGAUGGAAAAUAACGUGGCACAGCUGCAACGAGAAGGAAAGAGAGAAAGAGAGAGACGGAGAUCAAUUGAACACCCUUAAAUCCGGAGGACAAUAAAGUUAAGAGAGGGUAAUCGAAGGCAACCACGUGAGAACAACCGAGCCGUUGUUGAACUCGAUACGUAGUAAAAAAAAAACGACGAUAUAUUUUAGCAACGGAUCGAUCGGGGAAAGGAUAAAAAUAGUGACGGUAAUAGGCGCGAGAACGUUAUCCUAAAAUAUUAAGUUGAUGCAAAAGGUUUGUCCGCAUGACUGUCCACUUGUGUCUCCAGACACGAUCACCCCUUUUAUUCUUUGUCGUCAAUUUUAUCAAUAUUUACAAUUGCACGAAAAGUGUCGAAAAUUUGCAAGUCUAACUAUUAUUUCACGGUGAAAGUAAAUUCAACGAAGGACUUUGCUCAAAUAAAUUUUACUGCCUGUACAGAGAUACUUCUUAGUUUCUUAACGCACAAAAUUCGACUGCAAAUGAAUGCAACAAUAUAAAAAGUAGCGCGAGAUGCACCUUGCAAAGUAACAGAAGGCCCGGCAAUCCCCUCGCACCGAUCUAGCAGUGAAUACAACGAGUGCGACGAGAGUGAAGGGGCGCAGUAGUGCGAAGGAGGCGGCGCGGAUUUGUCGGUCGGGCACUUCGAUGCGCCUCGGCAGCGGGCGUUCGGACUUGAGGGAUCCACGCUCGAGCCGGUGAGUCGGUGUGCGUCCUGCACGCGCCGCCGGGACGAGGAGCCGGCCGGGGGCAGGUCCUUCCUGGUGUGGAAUGACAAUAAGGGGCCGCCGUACCCGCGGGGUGGCAUUAUGCAGGGAACGACGGAUUUGAGCGUGCCACCCAAGUGCCCGGCGAAGGUGUCGCAUCCCCUACGUGGGAUGGCACUCGGGACGCUGGCCGAGAUAGCGGUGAGACUCGUGAUUAGCGGCUACAUAUUCGCCGUGGUCGUCUACGUGAACGCCAGCGGCAACUGGGAUAAGGACGAUGACCUAGUGUCCACGUCUAAGGUCAGCGCCGUACUUGGCCGCACCGCCACUUUGCCUUGCGACAUUGAGCCGUCCACGCGAGAGGAUCGCGUCUACAUGGUCCUUUGGUUCCGCGAUUAUGCGGUGAAGCCCAUUUACAGUUUCGACGUGCGGGGACGGGCGUUCAACAAGGCCCUGAACUGGUCGGACAGCACCGUCGUGGGACCCAGGGCCUACUUCGUCACCGUGACGAAGCCGGCCGCGCUCUCCUUGGAGGCGGUCCAGCUGGACGACGAGGGGAUCUACAGAUGCCGGGUGGACUUCAAGAACUCGCCGACCAAGAACUUCCAAGUGAAUCUCACGGUGAUCGUGCCGCCGCACCAGCUACUCAUUUACGACAGUUCCGGGGUGCAGGUGGAGAACGUCGCCGGGCCGUUCCAGGUCGGCGUGGAGUUCGGUCUGUCCUGCGAGGUGAGGGGAGGGAAACCCACGCCGGUGGUGAGCUGGCUGGUGAACGGCAAGGAGGUGGACGGCAGGCUCGAGGAGUUCGGCCAGAACGUCGUCGUGAGCAAACUGACGGUGCCGCAGCUGCGCCGGGAACACUGGAACACCACGUACAAAUGCCAGGCGGCCAACACGCAUCUCAUCCCGCCGUUGGAGAAGACCGUGGUCCUCGACGUUUAUCUAAAACCGCUCACCGUGAAGAUACUGUCGAAGCUAACGGUCAUGGAGACGGAGAAGGACUACUCCAUCACCUGCGAGACGACGGGCUCGCAUCCCCGCGCACGCGUCACCUGGAUCGAGGGAAACGAGACGUUCCGGAACGGCAAGGUAAUGGAGAGCGGCAACGCGUCGGCGGUGCUGAGCACCCUGAUAUUCUCGCCCGUCCCCGACGAUCACGGCAAGAUGCUCAAGUGCCGCGGCGAGAACCCGGCCCUGGCGGACGCGUACUUGGAGGACUUCUUCAAGUUGAAUGUUGUCUUCCCGCCUAAGGUGCAGCUGCAUCUGGGCAGCACUCUGAACGCGGAGAACAUAAAGGAGGGCGACGAUGUGUACUUCGAAUGCAAAGUCCGCGCCAAUCCGGAGCAUCACAAAAUUACUUGGCGCCACAACGGCGGCGUGCUGACGCAAAACUAUUCCGCCGGUAUCAUCAUGAGCACCCAGAGCCUGGUGCUGCAGGGCAUAGGACGCGACAACGCGGGAAAUUACACGUGCCUCGCCAGCAACGACCGCGGGGAGACGACGAGUCCGAUUGUGAGCCUGAGAGUGCAGUUCGCGCCGGUGUGCAGGAUGAAGGAGGUGACGAUUAUCGGGGCGUCGCUGGAGGAGUCCGUCAAGGUGCGCUGCGAGGUCGACGCCGACCCGAGCGAGGUGGACUUUGUCUGGGAGUUCAACAACAGCGGCGAGAACUUCGAAGUCGCGCCGGCCAAGUUUGACGGCAACAACGGCACCACGAGCGAGCUCGUCUACACCCCCGAAUCCGAGCGGGAUUACGGCGCCCUGACCUGUUGGGGUAGGAACGCGAUAGGGAAGCAAGAGGCGCCCUGCAUCUAUCAAGUCAUUCCGGCAGUGAAACCGAAUCCGCUCAACAAUUGCACCAUCAAGGCGUCGCUCAACCAAAGCUCGGAGAUCCUGGAGGUCGAGUGCGUGCCGGGAUACGACGGCGGGCUCCACCAGGAGUUCCGGCUGGAGGCUUACGAGGUGCUGACCGGCAACCUCCGCGUGAACGCGUCCAGCGUGUCGGCCGAUCUGCCGAUCUUCCGGAUCGCCGUGGCCGAUCUUCUGCCGGCCACGCACUUCUACCUGGUGACCUACGCCGUGAACGCCAAGGGCCGCAGCGAGGUCUCGCUGUUGGAGGACAUAAUGCUACGCGAUUCGGAGAAGCACACAGACACCGGAGUCAGCAUGCUGCCGCUGAUCCUGCUGCUGGUCGGCUGCCUGCUGGCCUUCGGCGCGACCGUCAUCUCCGUGAUGCUGAUGAUGUACCGGCGACGCGGCACCACGUCGCCGGUGCACAUCGAGCCCUACAUGAAGCAGCCGAUAAUCACGCCGCCGGACUCGAGGAACAACUCGAUGCUGGACGUGACCCACGGCGACCACACGUACUUCGUCGAGUACACGCUGAAGCAGGUCACCGAUUACGCGCUCAAUAAUCAACCGGACAUUAUACAGUCGCCGCAAGACCAAGAGAAGAUCAAACGCGAGCCACAACUGUUUUUGCCAGUGAGACCGGACACGCUGUUCGCGCCCUAUGACAUUCACAAGCAGGGGCUGCAGACGAACAGAUGCAGCCUGAACCCGUUCUCCGCCAAGUCCUGGGAGCCCAUCAGCUUCAAAGCGGAUCGCAACCUGAUGAAGGAGAUCAUCAUCGCCAAUUCCAUACCGGGCCCGGAGAGCUGCGUGUAAACUCGAUCGCGGGAGUGAAUCGGGAGACUCAAACAGCCACGUAUACUUACCCGCAACGCGAUACAAAACACACACACACACACACACACACACACACACACAAAACACGCACACACACACAGCGUAUCAUAAGGGCGAUCAAUUUCGGAAGCCUGAAAACUGUAUCGUGCGCCGUCGCUCGAUGCCACGACGGAUACCAAAGACAAAGUCAACGAAUCUCGUGUCUCGCUUGUUAAUACGCGCCGGUGUGACAUAUCACGAUGACGAUAUCGUAGCAGACAUAUCAGCAUAUCGUAGCAUAUCGUGGCGCGCCACGAUCUCUCCACGAGAUGAUCGAGAGUCCUUAGGAUUCCCCCCGCCGAUCCAGCGCGAGACCGGGGCGAGGAGUCGCGGAGUCGUCGCGAAGACGAUUUAGUCGCAUAAUUUAACCGAACGCUACACGUGGUGUACUAUUCCAAGUUUAAUAUAUUUUGUGUCAAGUCUUGAAGCGUCUCGUCAUUUCACAGCGCCGUUUGUCACGGCUGAUAUACCUCGUCCCAGCCGCUUUCUACCUCGACACCUCCUUUCUUCGCCGAAAUCGUUUCUGAGUGUCCGAGAGAAAGUUUUUUCUUUUUUAUUGUUAUUUAUACAUUUCUGGAGUUAUUUAGAUCUGAAAAAUUCAUCCUCUCCGCUUGAAAUUUAUAUUACAUUUGCGAUAGAUACGUUGUUAUAUACCGAUAUACUGAGAUGAUGGAUACGCUCCAAAUAUAUUUCGUCCUACCAAAUUAUAAUAAUAUAAUAAUAAUCCCUCUUGUAA